GCGCGCGCCGCGGAGACGCCCGCCGCCGCAGCCAAUGGGAGGCCCGGGCGGCCCGUGGACGCGCGGCGGCGGCGGGAAGGCGGGAAGGCGCGGCGAUGGCGGGCCGGCGCGGGGCGCUCAUCGUGCUGGAGGGCGUGGACCGCGCGGGGAAGAGCACGCAGAGCCGCAAGCUGGUGGGCGCGCUGUGCGCCGCGGGCCACCGCGCCGAGCUGCUGCGCUUCCCGGAAAGAUCAACUGAAAUUGGCAAGCUCCUGAGCUCCUACUUGGAAAAGAAAAGUGAGGUGGAGGAUCACUCCGUGCACCUGCUUUUCUCUGCAAACCGCUGGGAACACGUGCCGUUAAUUAAGGAGAAGCUGAGCCAGGGCAUCACCCUGGUCGUGGACAGAUACGCCUUUUCCGGGGUCGCGUUCACCAGCGCCAAGGAGAAUUUCUCCCUGGACUGGUGCAAACAGCCGGAUGUGGGUCUCCCCAAGCCAGACCUGGUGGUGUUCCUGCAGCUGCAGCUGGCGGAGGCCGCCGCACGGGGCGAGUUCGGCACGGAGCGCUACGAGAGCGGCCCCUUCCAGCAGCGGGCCCUGCAGCGCUUCCAGCAGCUCCUGGGAGAUACGAGUCUGCCCUGGAAGAUGGUUGACGCUUCCAGAAGCAUCGAGGACGUCCACAGGGAGAUCCGCGCGCUGUCUGAGGACACCAUCCGGGCUGCCGCACACAGGCCGCUGGGGCAGCUGUGGACGUAGAGGGCAGGGCCCCGGUCUGCCAUCCACGAGGCGGCUGCACGUGGGGCGUCUUCUCCAGCCCUCACCUGUGCCCCGGAAAUACUAAUAAAUGACUGCUUUCCUUA